CUUGGUUCGGCGCUAGAGCCUGACCCGACGUUCCAUUUACCAGAGAUGGCUGCUGACGGAAGCUCCACAGCCAUUACGGAUCUCACCCAGGACUCGCUGGUCCAUUGUGCCACCUAUCUCAAUCGAAGGGACAUCUCUAACCUCGCCUCGACCUGCAAGUAUCUCAAUCGAGUUGCUUAUUCCGAUUCAAUUUGGCAACGCCUAUCAAGGGAGCUUUGGCCUUCACAUAUACCCUUAAGCUUCCCCAAUACGAUGAGUGUAAGAGAAGCAUACUUGGCUAGGCAUACAGCUUUGCGACAAUUGAAGUUCAUUGAUCCAUUGGUUUCUCAUUUUUACACAGAAGCAAAACCUUUUGACCAUUUGCUUCUUGACAGAAAUCAUAUACUCUUCUCACAGGGCUCAUUGGUUCGGUUGGUGAAGAUUGACAGUUUCUUGAGCGGAAGAGAUGGCCUAGUUACACUUAGUGAUCAUCGAGCAAGAAUUUCAUGUAUGAGGUUGUUUCCUCUCAGUGACACAUCAUUCUUUCGAAAUGAGACGCAGAGAGAUGACAAUGUUCUGGUAACUGCAAGCUGUGACCACUCCAUCCGUCUAUGGUGGAAGGGAAGCUGCCAAAGAUGCUUCAGAGGUCAUAACGCUCCUGUUACUGUUCUUUCUGAUAAACUUUUGGGUGAUAAUAACAGCGGAAAAAUAUUAGCAAGUGGGGGUUUGGAUGGGACUGUCCGCUUAUGGUCUCUUAGCUCCAGUGGGAAGCGUGGCCAACAUGCUCUUAAGGCUACAUUAUAUGGGCAUGAGAAACCCAUUGUUUUCAUGUCAACCGCAGGGCACAAAAAUUCAAUUUUGGUGAGCUUAUCACGAGAUUCCAAGGUGAGAGUUUGGGACACUACUGCAUCAUCGGCUACCCGGUCGACUAGUUGUGUGGGUGAAACCAAAGUGGUUGGUUCGCCUGUGGGAAUGAAAUGUCAAGGACCAAUAGUCUACAUUGCUGCUGGUACCUCUGUUGUGGCUAUCGAUCUCAGGACAAUGCAGAGAGCUUUUACUGCGGAAACCCAUCUGUCUAAAUUGUGUUCCUUUGAUAUUGUUGCUUCAAAGCAUCUUCUUUGCACCGGUGGGAUCGACAGGGCGAUGAUUUGGGAUAUCCGACGGAGCUCUGAGACACCAAAAACACAACCUAUAGCUGAACUCGAUGGGCAUUAUGGUCCAAUAACACAAUUGCAUAUGGAUCCAUACAAAGUGGUUACGGGCACCUCAACUGACUUAUUUGUUAAAGUAUGGGAUUCAGCCACUGGUGUACCCACAAAUUCCUUAAUUUGUUCAACUUCUUCUGGGAAUCAUGGGUGUUGUGCAAUGGCUGUGGACGGGUGUCGAAUAGUAACGGGAGUUUGUGAGGAAGAACAAGGCCUCCUAACAUAUUGGGACUUUGGGAAUGCCACUUGUCCAGUUUCAUCGCGAUUGGGUGAAAGCGAUUCUAAGUUUUGGGGUCCUCUGUCUUCCAUUGACAGCGACGAAUCCGACUACUGAUUAUAUUUUAAGAAAUUGGGAAAGUUGCUGGGGACAGAUGGAAAGCAAUGUCAGGUUUGUGUAUAAUUAACAAUAAUAUAAGGGAACAAAAGCAUAGUCGUUGCUAAAAUGAUGGACUUGGGAGGAAUUUACACAACCAAUGGGGAUGUGGAUGAAUCUUUCUUACACUAAGUGUUGAACAAAUUUACAUAGAAUUUGACUGAAAUUUCUACAAACAAAAUUUGGUGCGAAA